GCGGGGCCGAGCCGAGCCGAGCCGAGCCGAGCCGAGCCGAGCCGAGCCGAACGGAGCCGAGCCGAGCCGAGCCGAGCCGAGCCGCGCCGCCAACGGGGCCGGGUCCCUCCCUCGCAGCCGCUCCGGUACUUCCUUCCAGUGGGGAAAUUGAUCGGUUCUAGUUAUGCGUUUGACCCGCCAGAGCCACGCUGCCGGUGCUCCGGGGAUCUUGUGAGCUGCAACGGGAAAGGAGCCCGCCGGCAGGUGGAAUGGGGCAGCCAUGAACGGCGAUGCCCUGUGCCAGGAGCCCUCCUCCCCGCUCCCCGACUGGAGGGAGUUCUGCAAGCUGCACGCCCAGGCAGCCGCCGUGGACUUCGCCCAGAAGUUCUGCCAGUUCCUGAAGGAGAACCCCCACUACGACACCCCUGGGGCAGAGACCUCCUUCUCCCACCAUUUCACCGCCAACUUCCUGGACAUCUUCAGCCUGGAGGUCAGCCGGGUGUUCGUGUCCGACUCUCCCACCAAGUACAACAUCGUGCCCUUCGUGGGGCUGCAGAACUGCCACGUGCCCUACGGGCGGGAGGUCACCCCCAGGAAGGAGGAGACGUCCACGGAGUCCCUGGACAGCAUGGACGCCCCGCUGGGCGCCAGCCGGUACCUGACCCCGGCCCAGCAGGUGCAGGCUCACAAGGUCUCCUCCUACGGGCAGUCCCGCAGCUCGGAGGACGUCUCCAUCCACGCCGCUGCCAAGCCCAAGUUCAAGAAAGGCUUCUCCCUGAGGAACAUGAGCCUGUGCGUGGUGGACGGCAUGAAGGAGAUGUGGCACCGCAAAUCCUCCCCGGAGCCGGGCGCCGAGGCCGCGCUGGGCGGCCGCAGGGCCGAGAGGGAGCCGUGGCCGGCGGGGGGCAAGGAGCCCGGGGACCCUCGGGAGAAAUGGACACACAAGCUGCGCCUGUCCAAGGUGCCCUCGUCCAAGGUGGAGCUGGUGGACAUCCAGAGGGAGGGGACGCUGCGCUACAUGGUGGCCGAUGACACGAACUGUGUGGGGAGCUCGCAGUGGCAGAAGUGCCGCCUCCUGCUGCGGAAAGCGGUGAAGGUGGAAGGAGAGAGGUUCCUCCUGGAGUUUUAUGUCCCUCCAAAGGCUUCCAAACCCAAGGUGAGCAUCCCGCUGUCGGCCAUCAUCGAGGUGCGCACCACCAUGCCCCUGGAGAUGCCUGACAAAGACAACACCUUCGUCCUAAAGGUGGAGAAUGGGGCCGAGUACAUCCUGGAGACCAUUGACUCCCUGCAGAAACACUCGUGGGUGGCUGACAUCCAGGACUGCAUCGACCCUGGGGACAGUGGGGAUGACAUUGAGCUGGUGUCCUGUGCACAGGGAGCCUGUCUGCCAGGCAGGACAACCUCGUCCAGCUGCGAGUUCCUGAAUGAUGAGGUACCCAGGCCACCAGACAGAUGUGCCCUGCCCAGCACUCACAACACUGCCAUGGCCACCGCUGUCCCUGUGCCCCACGGCCGGGGCAGGGACUCCCUGGGGGAGCUCCUCACCCACGUCCCACUGGAAAGCUUCCUGCAGACGCUGGAAUCCUCCCCAGCUGCUGGUGGGCAUCUCACAGGGGAGGACAGCGAGGCCGAGGCUGAGAUCAACCUGUCUGAUUUCCCCUGGUUCCACGGGACUCUGUCACGGAUCAAGGCAGCCCAGCUGGUGCUCUUUGGGGGCGCCCGCAGUCACGGCUUGUUCGUCAUCCGGCAGAGCGAGACGCGGCCGGGCGAGUACGUGCUGACCUUCAACUUCCAGGGGAAAGCCAAGCACCUGCGCCUGUCGCUGAACGAGAGCGGGCAGUGCCACGUGCAGCACCUCUGGUUCCAGACCAUCUUUGACAUGCUGCGCCACUUCCACACGCACCCCAUCCCGCUGGAGUCGGGCGGCGCAGCCGACAUCACCCUCCGCAGCUACGUGGUGGCCCAGAGCCCGCAGCCCGACACCGGCCCCCCGCCACCCCUCGUGUCGCAGCCGCCGGGCUGCCGGGCCGACCUGCCACCUCCACACUACUUCUGCAGCACAGCACCCACGGGCCCGCCGGUGCCACCACCCACUGAGGGGGUGGCCGUGGCCCCCACUGUCCCGGUCCCCGCACCCUACCACCGCCUGGAGGGUGCCCUGGGCCCCCGGAGCCGCAGCGACAGCGCCGAGCGCCGGCCGGAGCCCGCUGCCGCCAGUGCCGAGGACUACCACGAGGCUGACAGUGCCCGGAGCCGCACCCGGGCGGUGGAAAACCAGUACUCCUUCUACUGAGCCCCCGUGCUGGGGCUGCAUGGUGGGGGCAGCAGGGCAGCUGUGCCCCUCACCGCUGCACCGGCCUCGCCACCUCCUGCUGCCACCGCCAGGAUGUCCUCCUCGCUCCCUGCUGCUUGUGGGAGCUGUGUCAGCGGUGGGCAAUGUCCCAGCUGGACCUGGCGCCAACCCCAGGGUUGGGGCAGUGCUGGGGGUGUGGGAGGCUGAAAGAGUCAGUGCCAUUUCAGAGCUUGCAGCCUCUUCUCCUUCCCUCCGGACCAAGAGCUCUCCCAGGGCUGAGCUGGGCUCCCUGCAUCUCCUCCUGGGUGUGACCAUCGUGGGAUGGCACCCGAAGCUGUGACAGGCUCCAUCCUCCAGCCAAAGCACCUUGGCAUGUCCCCUCUGGGGCAAGACCCCAGCAUGGCCAACAUCCUUCUGGCACCAUUGCCUGCAAAUCAGCUGCCGAGGGACUCUGGCAUUUUGGGACGAGCGUGGGAAUGUCAGAUCUCCAUGCAGAGAUUCUUCUGGCACACAUGGAUCACUGAGAGGGUGCUGCUGCAGAGGCCUGAGGGUUUAUCUGAGCUGGCUUUUGGGCUCCCUCUGGGCACGUGUUUCCUACCCUCUGACAGAAGAAGGUUUUUUCCAAAGCUUGAUGAAUUGCAUUCAAUGAAGGGUUUUCCUGCUGUCCUGCCCUUUCUGUUCCUUCGUUUCCUUUCUCUCUUUGUUGUACCAACAGCAAAUCCCUGGAUAACUCUUUCUUCCUCCCUCUCUUCCUUGAUUUUUCAAAACCUAAGUUCUCCACAAGGGCAUCAGCCUUCUGCCUGCUCUCUGCCACAGCUGGACAAUAGUUUCCAUUGCUCAAGGCAAACCUUGGAAAGUAUAACAACACCUCCUCUUUACAUCAGUUUUUGGUCAUUUGGGAUGUGUCAGGGGGUCAGGCAGAGGCCAGGGGUUGUGUCCAGAGGUGAGGGGCAGCUUUGCCUUGCAGGUAGAAGCAGGUAUUCCUGCUUGCCUGGGCUCCUAGGAAUAAAAACACUACAUUGAUUCUUUUCCAACAGGUCAUGGAAGCCCUGAGGAUGGUUUUACAGCCCAGGGUUUGUGCCUCAUGGGGGCUGGGAGGCCCUCCAGAAGGGCAGCUUUGCUUGCAGACAAAGUGUUUGCAUGUCCCCCUUGGUUUGGCUGACACAGCUUGUCUUACCCAGCACCAGGACUCCUGGUGUGGCAGUGACAGGGGUGACAGUGCUCACAGGACCUGAGCCAGGUGGCUUUGGAGUGUCUGGUCAGGUCUCCAGGUAGAGCAGACCCCACCAUACCCAGCUAGAAGUUACCACUUAGUUCACAGAGGUACAAGCCAAGCCACAACCUCAAACCCCUUGAAUUUGCCUGGAAUUGGGUUGGGCCAAAUUUCUAUUUAUUAGGUGCCUUCUUUCCUGAGCUAGCAAAGCAUGUCCCCAGCGCUUGACUCAUAUGUGCCUCCUGCUCCAAGAGGACAGAGGAGGUGUCUCCAAGGCUCCUUGCCUCCUCCUGUGAUGUGAGAGCUGCCUUUCUUUCCCAUGGAUGUGUGAGAUGAGCCUGGUGGAUCCCAUUCCUGCAGCAAAUGCCACCUUCUCCCCUAACACACGGCCCUUCAGAGGGCAGCAGGAGCAGUUGGCUCUGUUGGGGGUAUUUCUCCUUCCUCAGCCCAGCUAAAACACAGCUCAGAGGAGAGGCUAGAUGUUCUUGGUUGAUGAGUUUAACAUACACGGUGGAUGAGGGGAGAUCUCCAGAUCUGACAGACAUUGUCACUCUGGUUCUUCCCUGAGGCCCCAAGGAGGGUGGGAUCCAGAAGGCUGGAUGGGAGCACUGCCUUACAGACCUUCAGAUACUGGCUUUGUUUCUCACUUUCUGUGUCACAGGAUAGGAAAAGGAGGGGGAAGCAAUGAUCUGCAAGCAAAAGAUGUUAAUUUGUAAAUAGGGAAGAGUCUGGAAGAGUUUACUGUUGUGUAGAAUAAAUUAAUUUUAUUUAAAAAAAGAAAGGGGAGGGGGGUACUUGUUAAACGAAUUGAGAACUCGAGUUCUGGUUUUAAAAUAAAAUCACUUGCAAAAACAACAGCAUGUGAGCAAGAGCUUGGGGCUUUGCUGGAUAUGCUACAUAAAGAAAAAAAAAAGGAAAAGAGAAGGAGGAUGCUGUCAUGUCUCAUGUGUGCAGACCUCGUUGCUGUCUCCUGGCAGU